AUGGAAGUGAUUAGCCUUCGAAGCCACGCCAGGGCGAUAAAUGAUGAUGAGGAAAAAGAUCUCCUCCAUCCCACUGAAGAUGAUGAAAGUGAUGAAUCACUUGAUGAAAAAGGGAGUAGGAGAGAUGUGACAGAGGGAAAAGAGGAGCCCCGAGUGGUGGACGAAGAGGUGUACAAAGUGACGUGGCUGCGGUGGUGGGUGCUCUUCGUCUUCUGCUUCGCGUCGUUCGUGCAGUGCCUCGUAUGGUUCACCUUCUCCUCCGUGCCCAAGGUCGCCAAGGGCUACUACCCCGGCGUGGACGAUGCCACCAUCGACCUGCUCCUCAACUGGGGCACCAUCAUCUACAUCCCGGUGCUGCCCUACGUGUCGUGGCUCCAAACGCGGCGCAACGGCCUCCUCAUCGCCUUCUGGCAGGGCAAUGCACUUAUAUUCCUGGCGACGGUGAUCCGUACGAUCCCGUGCUGGGCGCCGGCCCACCUGCGCGGCAACUUCUACAUGCAGUGGACCCUACACGUCGGGCAGAUAUUGAACGCCGCCGCUGGACCUAUCGUGUUCGCGGUGUGCAGCAAGCUCUCAGCAGUGUGGUUCCCGGACCAUCAGCGAGCCACCGCCACAGCUCUCGCAUACACUUCUAAUGCGCUGGGCACCGCCGUGGGCUACAUUCUCGGUCCCGGGCUCGCGCCGACAGUGGACCAGAUGCCCACCCUCCUCUACGUGCAGAUCGGGCUGGCCUCGCUUCCAAUUCUCGGCGGCCUCAUCUACUACCGGGAGCGGCCCAAGCACCCGCCGAGCGCAGUGGCGUUGGCCCACAGGGAGGGGCGCUACGAGGAGAGUUUUUUCAAGGGCGUGCGCGGCGCGCUUCUCAACGUUUCCUUCCUCCUCUGCAUCACCGCCUGCGGCGUACAGGCCGGCGUCACCAGCGGGUGGCAGGGCGUGCUGCCUCAGGCGCUCGAGGACCUGGACUACACCGAGUCUGAGUCCGGCUGGCUCGGCUUCGGCAACAGCAUAGCGGGCAUUGCCGGAGGCGUGCUCUUCGGUCCCGUCACCGACAUUUUCUUUAAGAGGCGGAGCAAGCUGCUGCUUCUGCUGCUGUUCGGCCUCUCCACGUCGGGCUUCGCGUGGUUCACCCUCAGCCUCCCCACACCCUUUGGCGGCGCGCUCAUACCGAGCACCUUCUGGACGCUCAUGACCGCGCUGGGCAUCGCUGGCCUCUUCCAGGGCGGCAUCGGGCCGGCCCUCUUCGAGCUGUCGGCUGAGCUGCUGUACCCCAUCCCGGAGGCCACGUCAGGCGGGCUGCUUUCGCUGCUGAUGAAUAUGGCCACCCUCGUGUUCCUCUUUGUGUCGCCCCUCAUCAAGACCACCUGGUUCAACCUCAUCGUCACCUCGACCCUCCUCUUCUGCGGCGUUCUCGGGGUGGCGCAGGUGGUGCUGAUGCGGGAGCGCUAUCGGCGAUGGGAAGCCGAGGUGGCGAUCUACCACGAGAGUCAGCGGAGUCUACCCCACAAACUACGCCGCAUGGAGCAGCCCAACUAA